GCUAGUUUUCUCUGGUUAAGAUGGCGAGCUUCGUGUAGGGUCGAGCUGCUGUUCCCUUUAGACACUUUAUUUUCGAAAUUUGUGAGGUAUUUUUCAAACAUGUUGUCUGGUUUAGCCUUGCGAAGUGUUUUGAAGUCGUCAGUAGGCGUUUUGUUUCCCUCGUUCUGUUCCCCUACAUGCAGCUCUGCGUUAAUGUGGAGACUCAGCUGUGGGUCGAGAUGUUUUGCUAUCCAUCCACCAGUGAGACACUAUGCUCAACCACCAAAAAAAGAGACAGUGCCGGAAAGCCAACUGAGCGACAUUCCUCCCACUAUGCUGAAGAAGGAAUAUUCAGCUGUUCCCCUCGCUGCAACAACUGAUGAUAUUGUCAAGCGACUUCUUUCUUUGGAGUUGGCAAGUAAGAGGGAUAAAGUUGAGGUUAAAAAAGAACAGCUCAUAGCGAAAGUCCAGAGGGAUCCUACUGAUCGUGACUCAGUGGAGGUCAGGGUGGCUGAGUUGACAACAAUGAUCCGAAACUGCCGUGAACACCUACAAAAGCAUCACAAGGACAAAGCUAAUAAGAGGAAGAUGCUGUUGGCUGUGGACCGCAGGAAGAAGCUUUUGAAAAAACUGAGAUUGGUUCACUAUGAAGCUUUUGAGAAGGUUUGUGAGCAGCUUGGCAUCACAUACACCUUCCCUCCAGAGUACUACAGACGGGCCACUCGUCGCUGGCUGGCCAAGAAGGCCUUUUGUAUUCAGGUUUUUAAGGAAGUACAGAAACAGAGAGCUGAGCAGAAGCUGAAGAUGAAGCAAAGCUUGGCCUCUAAAGUCACAGCUGAAAACAAAAGUGAAGGGACACAGUAAAAAAUGCAACAUAUAGUGACUAUUGGUUCCAAAUGUACUGAGAACAUCUAGUUUCACUUGACGUUUGUGAUGACUAAUGUGGCUUCUAGAUAAAUUUAUCUGUCAUUUGUGUUUUUACUUUCAAUUUAUCAGUUCACAGAAUUUGUCUGGCUAUAUUAGAAUUUCAUGUACGUAAAAGUUCUGAAAAUGG